AUGGCAGCAAAACAAGGAGCCGCAGCUACAACGUACUCCCCAAAACCUCUCGUCAGAACUCGUCCUCCGAUUUUCAAGGAUUCCGACCUCGAUUGGACCCGUCCCGAUGGCCGUGGCUUCCACCAAUGCCGUCCUGCCUUACUUCAAACGGGUGCUGUGAGCUCUGCUUCUGGCUCUGCUUAUGCUGAGUUUGGGAACACGAAAGUCAUUGUUUCAGUAUUUGGGCCAAGGGAGAGCAAGAAAGCAAUGAGUUACAGUGAUGUUGGUAGAUUGAAUUGCGAUGUUACCUAUACAACUUUUGCUUCCACGGGAACUGAUCACAAAGAGUUCUCAUCGAUGCUUCACAAAGCGUUGGAAGGUGUGAUAAUGAUGGAGUCGUUUCCAAAGACAACUGUUGAUGUUUUUGCAUUGGUGCUUGAAUCUGGAGGCAGUGACCUCCCCGUUGUGAUAUCAUGUGCUAGUCUUGCUCUAGCGGAUGCCGGGAUUAUGAUGUAUGACCUUAUCACAGCUGUUUCAGUGUCUUGCAUAGGGAAAAGCCUCAUGAUUGACCCGGUUACAGAGGAAGAAGGCUGCGAAGAUGGAAGCUUUACGAUGACGUGCAUGCCAUCUCGUUAUGAAAUCACUCAGCUAACCAUCACUGGUGAAUGGACAACGCCUAAUAUCAACGAGGCAAUGCAGCUUUGCUUGGAUGCUUGUUCUAAACUUGGAGAGAUCAUGCGAGAUUGUCUGAAACAGGCUGCAUCAGCUUCCGAGGAAUUAACUUAA